UCAAAGGUUUGCAGUCGACUUGCGACGAUGAGCUAAAGUGAUGCUGUGAUUGAAACCAGCGCAGAUCAAACGGCAGAUGAGAUGGGUCCACUUUGGCAGCGAGACCUCACCCUGGCAGAGAGGUUGGGGAAUGACUCUCCUGUCGGCUUCGCCCCGGGGCCCCCAGCCACGGCGGCCCCGCAGCAAUCCAACACCUCCUGGGUGCCAGAAGCACCGGUGGUCACACCACAAGAGCCAAUUUUCCUCAUGACCGCCACUGCCCAGACUAUCUCUGGGUUUUUCGUGUGGACAGCUCUUCUGAUCACAUGCCACCAGAUUUACAUGCACCUGCGUUACUACAGCUCUCCAAACGAGCAGAGGCACAUAGUUAGGAUCCUCUUCAUAGUCCCCAUCUAUGCCUUCGACUCCUGGCUCAGCCUCCUGUUCUUCACCAAUGAGGAGUAUUAUGUGUACUUUGACACAGUCCGAGACUGCUACGAAGCCUUUGUCAUCUACAACUUCCUGAGUCUGUGUUACGAGUAUCUGGGAGGAGAGAGCGCCAUUAUGGCUGAGAUCAGAGGGAAACCUAUUGAGUCGAGCUGUGUGUAUGGGACCUGCUGUCUGUGGGGAAAGACAUACUCCAUUGGUUUCCUCAGGUUUUGCAAACAGGCCACUCUCCAGUUCUGCGUGGUGAAACCCCUGAUGGCAGUGAUCACUGUCAUUCUUCAGGCCUUCGGCAAAUACAAAGAUGGAGACUUUAACGUGGCUAGUGGCUACCUGUACGUGACCAUCAUCUACAACGUCUCUGUCAGCCUGUCGCUCUACGCUCUCUUCCUCUUCUACUUCGCCACGCGUGAACUGCUCGUCCCCUACAACCCCAUGCUCAAGUUCGUCAUGGUCAAAUCAGUCAUCUUUCUCUCCUUCUGGCAAGGCAUGCUGCUGGCCAUCCUGGAGAAGUGCGGCGCCAUCCCUCAGAUCACCUCGGCGGACUUCUCUGUGGGCGAGGGAACGGUUGCCGCUGGUUACCAAAACUUCAUCGUCUGCAUUGAGAUGUUCUUCGCUGCCGUUGCUCUGCGCCAUGCCUUCACUUACAAGGUCUACAUGGAUAAAAGACUGGACUCGUACGGCUCCUUUCCUAUCUAUGGACAGUACGGCCGCUGUGCCCCAAUGAAGAGCAUCUCCAGCAGCCUGAAGGAGACCAUGAACCCAGGGGACAUGGUCCAGGAUGCCAUCCACAACUUCUCCCCGGCUUAUCAGCAGUACACCCAGCAGUCCACACUGGAGCGAAUUGGGGGGCCACCCUUCUCCCGCAGCCACAGCAACCUCAGCACCCAAGGGGACAACGAAAAGACCCUGCUGCUCAGCUCUGACGACGAGUUCUGAGACUCAAACACACACUCACUCUGCUCCCGUAGCCCAUGUUGGAUUCUUAUCACCAGUGUGAGAAGAAUCAGAUCUUUUUGUUGGUACCUUAACAUGGAAGAUCAGAUUCAGUUUUGUUUAGACAACAAUGAAAAGAUCAGAUUCAUCUCAGAUUUAUAAAAACACAGGUACCAGACUGUGGGAAGGGAUGGAGGGUUUCUACGAGGAAAGAGAGGUAAUAAGAGGUUAGAGAAGUCCAGAUGUUCAGACAGACAUUAGAUGUAUUAACUGGUUAUUAAAUGGUCAUUUGUGUUGUCAUAGGAGCCAUUACUGACAGAACAUGGUACAAAUAACUGUGCCUGCAUACAGCGUCCUUAUGAUGCACUUCAAACACCACAGCAGAAAUACAUAAAGUUAUGACGGAUAUAAGGUGUAUGCCAGAGCAAAUAAGUGUCAUCUACAUCUGAAACACAUGGCCUCAGUUUUCAUAUUAACCCCUCUGCCAGUUCUGCCUCUUACCGAAUCAUUGCCAAAUAGGAGUACAAUGUGCUCCAGUCAAUGAGACGCACUGUCUUAAGAUUUAGAAUUGAUUUAUAGUCGAGCCUUUGAAUUGGCUUGAUUUUAAUAUAUAAGAAUUUAAUCACGUUUCUUAUUUAAAUGUUGUAUGACCUUGAAGGUGUAACUCAUUUAAAGAGCAGUUUGUUGGAAGAUUGUUAUUCCUGAAAACGUAUAUUCUGUUUGUUUUCAUUUUGUUAUGGGUUCAUAUGAACCAGUGACUCAAAAGUGUAAUCGCAUGACUCCAGCUGUUGGCUCUGUGUGCGAUGUUGCUGUUUGUGGAGCACCGAGAGGGAGCAGCUGUAGGAGGGAUGUUAGUGCGGGCAGGGCCACUGACGCCCACCCAGAUUACAGAUUACUGAAGAAGCAGCGCUUCCCAGCUGUGAUGUGCUGCGGAUUGUAAUCCCAUAAUUAAAUCCAGCACAGAUCAGGCCUGCCUCUGCUGGUGGUGUUUAUAAGGGAAUCACUGCUAUAGCAGUAGUGAGUUAGUCAGGACGACGGUCAACACGGACAGAUAAGGCCGUUCAAAGAGGCUCAGUGCAGACAAGGCUUUAAAUUAGACUCGCCUGGAAAAGGAAUACAUGGGCAUUAAAAUAAUGUAUGCAAGCUGCACAUAGACUGGUUCAGAAGCACACUAUAACAGUGAUGCAUGGUGGAAAAAUAAAUCCUCAAGUGAGUCAGAACCUUCAGGUCUGCCCAUCGUCCUCUGCUUCCCAUUGGUAGAGUUAAUUGUUCAUCAACUGAUGUUGACUAUGCAUUUUAGCAGGGGCCAGUAUAGCAGCUGCUUGUGAUCGUGUACGUUUGAUGGCAGAACACAGCAAUAUAAACGCUGACUAGAUCCUUUUGACGGGUGACUUUAGGCCCGAUGCUGGCGCUAAAUGUGUGAUCAUUGUUUUCCUCUUAUGUUAAGUGCAUAAUACAAAGUACGGAUUGACUCAAUUCUGUUGACUGGAAGUAAACAAACAGUGAAGUCCUUGUUUGUGAUGAAUGCAGUCCAAGUGAAAAAUGAACUGCCAAAUUGAUGUGCAUCCUCAAAAGAGCGCAAUCAUCUUCUAAAUUGGAAAAUCAUAUUCAGUUAGCGGAAUAAAGAAAGUGUUGAAAAGUUUCCUGCUGUGACUGCUGAACUAUGUCCCAUUCACUGCCUUUUACUCUGCCCCGAGCUAACAGCGUAUCCAACGCAAGCAUCUUCAUUCAAAACACUAUCAAAUAACAGUGUUGAUACUGUGUGAUAAGCUGGAUAUUAAUCACAAAGGUGAGAAUAUAUAACCAGGAAAUAUUAUACCAGAAAGCAGGGGAUGUUGUAAAUAGAGUUAAACUCUGUGGAAGCACUGUGAAACAUUCAUGAUGAUGUAAUGGCAUUGCUUGGUAUAGUGCUUGGGUUUAAUAGUUUAAUUUUCAUAUAUUCUCUUGUUUUAGUUCUGUUGUACACUUUUUAAUUUGUAUAUUGGCAAUAUCUAUUGUUUUGAUGCUAUAAUUGUUUGUUGUUGGAAAGAAAUAAAAUACAAAAUGCAAAAAAUA